AUGACAGACAAAGACAUUUACGACGAGAGAUACUUUCCUCCGAGUCUUCGGACAGCCGGUCAGUCGACGUAUAAAUUCAAGCAAUACUUCCACGAAAGCCAUUAUCAGAGGAAACCACAGAUCGAUAGCAGUCUGAACGCUGCAACCAAAGUGUGGACGACUACCUGUCAUAUGAUUGAACCCAAAGAAGUGGUGUUCACGGCAUCCAAACCCAGGAAGAAGGACUCGGAGGCCAUUGCUAUGGGAAAGGCAUUGAUGUGGUUGAGAGACAAUGACUUCGUUGACAAUGGUUUCAAUGCAAUCAAAUUGACAAACAAACAAAUUCAAGACUUUUAUGACUCGACUAAUGGUCCGAUUAGUAUCAAACCAAUUAGUGGUGGUCUUAAGGAUGAGAUGAAGAAGUUCUGCAACUCUUUUGACGCGAAAUUAAAGGAUAAAAUUGUUGACAUUUGUCGCGCGUUUCGACAAAAAGAAUUUGCUUUCAAUAGUUGUGACGAAAUCUCGACUGAAGAUGAAGUGAAAGAGCCCUCGACUUAUGGAUCA